AUGGGUGGUACACCAUUCUAUAAUUACUAUCUUCGGCUUUGUAGUGUUCGUGUAAGCUCGAGUGCACAUAUUAACACCACAGCUAUUGAUCCUUCAUAUUUGUUAGAAAUUAGUAAUGAAACUUGGGUUACUGAUCAGACAUUGUUGAAUUGCUUUCAUUUCAAUAAUGUCAAUACUUUUCAACUUUAUCCAAUUAGAAUCGGCUGUGAUUGUUCAAUCGGCACACGAUCGAUUUUAUUCGUUGGAGUUGAUAUGAAAGAUGAUAUUAUUAUUCAACCAAUGUCAUCGGUCACUGGUUCCACUACAUCUAAAAUAGUAAUCGAUGGUGGAGAACAUAAACCUAUUUCAUCCAGUGACUAUACUACUCACAGCGCUCAUAUUCAAGAUAAUGUUAAACUUUCUGAUAUCGGUAUUUUUCCAUCUUGUCCAACAAAUCUACUAGAACUUGAAACAGGCGUUACUACUUUCGCUUCACUCUUAAUAGUCCCUACUGGGAUAACAUUAUCAGGCGACCAUCGUACUGAUCGUAUAACAUUUGGAACCCAUACAAAUCUGGCAAAAUGGAUGUUCAAUUUUGCCUGGUAG